AGCAUCCUGACGUUUGUCCUGGGGCGAUGGAGAUGGCGUCUGUGGAGCUGUUGGACCUGUAGGCGAACUGAUGUUGGUCAAAGCCAGUCAGUCCAGCAGUUCCAGCCGUCCUGAAUCCUCCGCUUCAUCAUGGGUUCUUCUAGCAGCUCAGCCGCUUCAAUCACGAAAUUCAAGGACAAGGAUGGAAAGAAGGUCAAAUCCGGAAACCUGAUUGAGAUCUUCCGUGGUGAUGAUAGCUACUGGGCUGUUUAUGUUGGUUGUGGAAACAUCGUUCACCUCGUACCACACGACUCGGAGGCUGGUACGGGCGUUGUGUUGAAGCAGAAGCUGCAGGACGUGGUGGAGGAACGCAAGUGGAGAGUCAACAAUCUCCUGGAUGAUAAAUACACACCUCAUGCAGUUAAUGAUAUCGUGAAGACUGCCUGCUCACUGGCAAAGACAAAGAAGCAGUACAACCUGUUGAAGUACAACUCUCAAAACGUCGCCACUUACAUGCGCUACGGCAAGCCUGAGAGUCAGCAGGAGGUCAAACGUGGAGACCUGAUCGAGAUCUCCCGUCGUGGUUUUAAGCACUGGGCUGUUUCUGUGGGUUUUGGAAACAUCGUUCACUUCGUAACACCCAGGUUUUGCUGUCGUACGGGCGUCGUGUUGAUGCAGAAGUUGGAUGACGUGUUGAAGAAGGACAAGUGCACGGUCAACAAUCUCCUGGAUGAUAAAUACACACCUCGUCCAGCUGAUGAAAUCGUGGAGGAGGCCCGUUCACUGGUGGAUACAGAACUGGAGUACGACCUGAAGAACUACAACUGUGAACACUUCGCCACUGAGAUGCGCUACGACAAGCCUGAGAGUCAGCAGGUGAAGAACAACAAGGCCUUGGUGAAUGCAGCUUCUGGGUUUAUGGCAUCUUAUCGCUCUAUGAAAAAUUCAGGAUUCUGUCCACCUCGGAUGAACCAGACGAGUCUGGACUGAAACCUGGACCGGGAUUGUUUCUGUGAGGAUUCUCAGCUGGAAUAAAGGGGAUUGGAGUCGUGUUGGCCCACGUUGAGAAAAAGAAGACCGCAGCAAUUAGCAGAAACUUCAAAAAAGAAACAAAGUACUAACUAAGUAAAAAUAAAAU